AUGCUGGCCACCGUGACUAUUUCGCAGGAUUUUUGUACGAUUUGUGGCCGAUUUUGCCGAGUCCGAUGAUGCAUCCCGCGACGAGUACGGUAUGUUGUUGACGCCCGUGCUGUGCCCCCCGUCGACGUAACCCCGACCGCACGCCAUGGGACUCCUGCCGCUGGAGUUCACGGACUGCCUCACGGACAGUCCGUACUUCCGCGAGAAUCUGCACGCUCACGAGAACGAACUGGAUCGCACCAGCCAGGCCAUCAAGGGAAUCAUCAAGGAGGUCAAGGAGUUGCUCACCGCCGCGAAAAGCCUCUCGAGAGCGCAGCGGAGUUUGGCCAACACCUUUAUGAACUUCAGACUAGAGUGUAUCGGAAACAGCCAAACCGACGACGAGAUCGUCAUAGCCGGUUCCUUGAAAGAGUUUGGGCGACUUCUGACGACUAUUGAGGACGAACGAGACCGAAUGCUCGAAAAUGCGCAUGAACUGUUCAUUGCGCCCAUUGAGAAAUUCAGGAAAGAUCACAUUGGGGAGGCAAAGGAGAGAAAAAAGAAGUUUGACAAAGAGACUGCUAAGUACUGUCAGUCCCUGGAACGUUAUUUGGGCCUGUCCACCAAGAAGGGUGACACGCAGCUGAAGGAAGCCUUUGCAGUUCUUGAGAUGGAGAAGAGGCACUUCUUUAAGGCAUCCCUAGAGUAUGUGCUCAUGCUGCAGAAGGUUCAGGAAAGGAAGAAGACCGAGUUUGUCGAGACAAUACUGAGGUUUAUGUACGGCUGGCUGACAUUCUAUCACCAAGGGCAUGAGGUAGCCAAGGAGUUCAACAGCUUCAACACUGACCUUCAAGUCCGCCUGCAAAAGACGAGGGAAAACUUCGAGGCAACUCACUGUGAGGCCGAGCACCUGAUGCAGAAAAUGUUGGAGAAACCACAAGAUGCGGGGUCCCUAAACAAAAUGUACACUAGGCAGGGCUACCUCCUGCUGAUGGAGAAGAAGCACAUCUCGACAAUAUGGAGCAAGCAUUACUGCCAGUACCAGAAGGAGAAUCGCAAGUUUACCAUGAUCCCCUACUCGCAGACAGUGGGCAAGAUUACAACAACAGACACAUUCAUCCUCAAGGAAUGUAUCAGGCGCAUCCACGAGAGCAUCGACAAGCGGUUCUGCUUUGACCUGACGACGGCGGACCGUCCCAACGCGACGACGUACACGUUCCAGGCGCUCAGCGAGGACGACUGCAAGCACUGGCUAAAUGCCAUGGACGGCAAGGAGCCUAGUUCUACACCACCAGGACGAGUCACAAGGCAGGAAGGAUGCUUACUGGACGAGAACGGCUUUGCCUUUGUGAAGGGCUGCAUCGACGCCAUUGAGGCCAGGGGCCUGGAGGACCAGGGGCUGUACCGGAUUGUGGGCGUGAGCUCCAAGGUCACCAAGCUCACCCAGACCGCCUUUGAUCCGAAGAGGACGGAAGGCGUGAAUCUGAUGGACCCUGAAGAGUGGGAGGUCAAGACCAUCACAAGUGCACUCAAGAACUAUUUCAGAAACCUGCCUGAGCCUCUGAUGACGUUUCGUUUGCACACUGCCUUUAUUAGCGCUGCCAAGCAAGAGAACAAGGCCCAGAGGAUGUCGGCAAUCGAAACUCUCGUCGGUCAACUUCCACCCGAGAAUUACCGCAUGGUGGCCAUGCUGGUUCAGCACCUCAAGAAAGUUGCCUGCUACGCCAGCACCAACCUGAUGACGGUGUCGAAUCUGGGCGUCUGCUUUGGCCCCACGCUCCUGCGUCCCGAGGAGGAGACUGUCGCAGCCAUCAUGGACAUCAAGUUCUGCAACGUUGUCGUGGAAAUUCUCAUUGAAAACUGUGAUAAGAUGUUGAAAAUGCCCCCUUCCAAGGCAGAGACAAAGUCGUUGCUGGGCGGCAGGCCCCACGAAGCCAACCACUCCACGGUGGAGGCCGUCCAGAGAGAUCGCCCGUCCACAGUCUACCCUCCCCCCUCCCACCCGGACACGGGGCAGGGCUACUCUUCCCCGGCGCUACCUCUUGAACAGGGUCACACGCAGCGUGCGUACGCCCGACCCCUCUCGCAGCCCCCCGACGCCAGUACAAAGCGGUACGGGCAGGCCCUGAGCGCCACGCCCCCGCGAUCCAUUCCGUCGCACCCCGCUCUCGCCAUCUACAAUCCAUCCUGGCCUCCUCAAGGCAACCUUCCAGGGGACAACAGUCACAUCAACUCCAACAGCAGCAGCACAGAGUCCUUGAGUUCACGAUCCAACGCUUCCUUCAGUCACCACUCGCCUAUUCCAGGUGUGAGAGAUUACCACUCGCCAGCACAUGCAGCAGACGUGAGCAAGUCUAGUCAGUCAUCAACCCCAGUUCCUCCAUAUACCGGAAAGAGAGUGAGGACUCUGUAUGCCUGUGUGGGAGAAAACAAGUCGGAACUCUCCUUCGAGCCCAACCAGAUCAUCCACGACGUGAAACCGUCCCGGGAACGCGGCUGGCUGGAAGGCUGGCUCAACGGCCGCUGCGGGCUGGUUCCCGAAAACUACGUCGAGUUUCUGCAGUGACGGGCGCAGAACUAACCUUCUGCGCCUCUUUGUGCCGUGCCCCUUUUUCGCCAGGGCAAAUUCCGUUGGAUGGUACUACCGGGACAUAUUUCGUUGGAAUACCUUCCAUUGAAACGUGUUUUGCCGAAACACAUUUCGUCGGCAUUCGUCUGAACACAUUUCGUCAGGGCAGACUUUGUUGAAGAACAGUCAAGAUGCGUUUCGCUAGAGCGCGUUUUGCGUCGGAACAGUACCACAGAUUUCCCAUCCAUGCCUCGUGGCGUCGGAGUCCGUCUUCACCUGCCGUCGGAACCCAUUUUGUUGGAGGGACAUUUUGUUGGCACGCUUUUUGCCAGGAUGCUUUCCGCCGUCACGUUUGUUUCGCACGCCUGGACAAUGCCAAGAGCUUUGACGUUUGGGAACACGUCCUGUGUCCACUGACGUUCGUUCUAGUAAAUCAUUCCGCCACCCGGCUCUCGACGUUUUGCCAUGGGCAAACUGACCAUUAAUAAUGUUUUGUUUUCUCUUCUUUCUAAAUUUUUUAACGUUUUCUACGAGUCUCUCGUUUUGUGCGUGUCAUCGUGGCAGGCGUUUGCGCACGUCCAGUGCAAUACGACACGUUUUCGCUUGUCCCUUAUUCUGCCAUUUGAGCGCUGCAAACCGCCUGUGACAGACUUGCCAAACUAGGGACACUUUGUGUCGUCGUCGUCAAACUCUCUUCCCAUCUGCAUGUGCAAAAGUGUGUGUGUGUCUGUUUGUGUACACAGUGUCUUAUCCCUGUACAAAGCCGUGCAGUUUCAAUGUUGAGCGAAAACAGUGUGCAGUUAGGAAAGGGAUGCUUCAUCGCCACCUGCCCAGUUCUAUUGUACAUAGAGAGUGUAUGUCGUUAAAGGUUACAAGAGUGCAGUAACUGAAUUUCUUUUUACGUCACUUUUACGUUAAAGCUGCUCAGUUAAACAUUUCUUCCUGUAUUCUUAUUCUUUUUACUGUCAGAUUUUUAUGUUCUAUCCAUUUUGUGUUUUAUCCAUAUCUUCUUUUUAGUUUUUGUUGACAAGAGCCCCAGUGGCAGUGAUGAUGUAAUUCACGUGGUUGUGCACUCCGCGCCACCCGGGAAGUAAGCAAUACGAAUACGACGAUCGACAACGUUGUAAAGGUUACCACUCAUAUCUGUUAUGCCAUCGUAUUAAUUCAAGGAUCAAUUGCCAAAUCACCAUCGGCUUUUUCGUUUUUUCUUUCGUGUGUGUGCGUGCAUGCAUUUUUUAAGACAUCUUUUUGCCGAAUGUUGCUUUUUACACAACUAGAGUUUAAACUUGUUUAGCGUUGAGACAACGUUUAUUUCUCGCCAUGCCCAAAGGCACGUGAAGGUAUGUUUUAGUGCGGACAUAUUAUCUUUUUUAUAACAACACAUCGAAGCUCUCGUUACCGUGUUCCCCCACUUUGACGUUGCGGUUGUGCAGAUCGGAAUAAAUUAUUGCCUAGAA